AUGGUUGGACUAUAUGGCAAGACAAAGAGUGCACACAAGAGUAGCAAUCGCAAGAGCAGUCACAUCAAAAAUCCUCGUAAAGAUAGCAAACCAUUCAAAUCAACUUCUCGAGAUGCAGAAGAUAUGUAUGAAGAGGUUGAUUCGGAUGAGGAUGCUCGAAAAAUUCUUGCUCGACGAGGUGGUGGUGGUGGUGCAGUCGGACGCACUCUGGACGACGUUGGUACCAUUGACUUUACUGUAAAUGAAAUUGACGAGGAAGACGACGAGGAGCUCGAUGAUAGCGAAGCAUUCAAUUCUAGUGACGAGGAAAAAUAUGGCAUCUUUUUUUUAUCAAACAAGACCAAAAAGACUGAAAAAAAGACCAAAAAGCAAGACAAUUCCAAUGGCAUCAACAUGGACGAAACCAAUGAAAAAAGCGAGAGUGAAGAUAGUGAGGACAGUGAGGAUGAUCAGGCAGACGAUGGUGACUAUAUGGAUAUUUCCGAUAUGCUUAAUCAAAAUGGCGGCUCUCAGACAAAACCAGACAUUUUGAAAUCUACUUUAAGCGAGCCCAGCAAUCACCACAAAUCUAUUAACAAUCAGUCUAAAGCCAGUAGCACUUUCUCCAUGUUACUCUCCAAUAACUCUGAUUAUCUAGGCUCAGAUGAUGACAAUGCAAAUUCGACUGAUUUACAUGAUAUCAUGUAUAGCGAUAAUAACGAAUCUGAUGGAGAUACUGAAGAUCUUUCCAAGCUAUCCACAUUCAUACAGAACAUGAGUAACGACCGAAGCGAUGCUUCUCGAAAGAGAAAACGCUUACCUGAAUUCACAGAAGCAUUUGGCGAAUCAGAAUUUGGACUCGAAGCAAAGUCUAAAUCCAAUACAUUGCAUUCUCGCAAAAAAAUCGAGCUUGAUGAUUUGGUGGGUGUAAUUGACGAUGAUAUCAACUUCAAUAACUUGAAAAAGCAGCUCGAAAUUCAUGAUCGUGAGGGAAAGAAGCAAGCUGUGGCUGCACCUCUUCCACAUGUUGUACAAGAUCGUUUAAACCGUCAAGCUGCAUAUCUCGAAGCCAAAAAAGAGGUGUCUAAAUGGUCCGCAGUCGUCAAGAAAAACCGUGAAGCAGAUUCGCUUUCUUUUCCCAUGGGCCUUUCUCAAACAAAUCAUAUCACUAGCGGUGCGCUAAUUGGAAAGUUUUCGCCAAUGACUGAUCUUGAAAAGGAAAUUGAGCAGAUGCUACGGGAGAGUGGUCUUGUAGAGCAAAAACAAAAAGAGAUGGAAGAACUAGAGCUCAACAAAAUAUCGUCAAAAGAGCUGAUUGAGCGCCAAAACGAACUGGCAAAAAUGCGAUCGCUCAUGUUUUACAAAGAGCAAAAGCAAAAGCGAAUAGCCAAGAUUAAAAGCAAAACCUAUCACAAAAUCCACAAGAAAAAGGAUAAAACCGACAAUCUUUCGGUCGAGGAACUCAAAAAACUUGAUCCUGAAUUUGCUCAAGACAAAAUUGAACAAAUGGAGCUUGACCGUGCCAAAGAACGCAUGUCCCUAAAACACAGAAAUGUAGGCAAAUGGGCCAAGCAGAUUUUAGGGAAAAACGAUAUAGAUUCUGAAUCUCGCCAGGCUUUGGCUCUCCAACUAAAAAAACAUGAUGAGCUGAAACGUCGCAUUCGUGGUGUUGAUUCUGACGAUUCUGAUGGAUACGCCGAUCUUGCAUUGGAUCUGGAUGGUAAAGAGUUUGUUGAGGAUGCUGCUGAAGCACGACGUAAAGGAAUCAGUCAACUGGAUGCUCUUGAUGCAGAAAUUAGAGACGAAGACAACAGUUCUGGAAAAGGACUGCUUUCAAUGAAAUUUAUGCAGCGUGGGUUGGCUCAGCAGAAAAAAGAGGCAAGAGAGCUUGCUCAACAAGCACGAUUGGAUUUGGAACGCGAAGAAGACGAGAAUGAUGGUGUGGUUAAACCUAAUAGCACUGUCGAUAAAAGUCAAUCGGAUGGAAAUACUGGUCGCAAAGUGUUUGGACCUCAGUCUCGCUCGUCUGGCGCUAAAACCCUUGAUUUUGAUGAUGAUAAUACUGAGGAGUUUAAAAUGGAUGUCGACAUGAAUUUGCAUAGCGUCCGAGCCUCAGGUCCAGUUACCAUUGAUUUUAAAACAUCAACAUUCAAGAGCAAUAGGCUUGACGUCAAGUCUAACAAUAUACCUUUGGAAAAGUCACAGAAACACCUUUUCAAAGUUGAAUCGUUUGAUUUGGAGGAUGAAAAGCAAUCUACAUUUGUUGGGGACGCCAACAAAACCAAGAUCACUGCCCUCAAACCUGCUGCUUUUCCCAGUUUGUCUACGGAGGUGACUAAACCAUUAGAUCCAAUUGAAAGCAGCAAAUCAAAAUCUAUUCACGAGGCACCUUCAAAUAAAUCUGCUACCAAGCCAAACAAACUCGACAAAACUUCUUCAGAAAAUCAACAUCAUGAAAGUGAUGAUGAUGCAAAUCCUUGGCUUACAUCAGUAUCUGAAACAGCAGUUCAAAAAUCUUUAUCUGGUGCACAUAGUCACGAUCGAAAGAUUAACAAGGCAAACAAAGCUCAAGCCAAACUCUCCCAGCAAGUACGUGAAACACGCAAGGUAUUGAAUGAGCAUGACAAUGAUGAUGAUUCAUUAGAACUGGAAGGUCUCGAGGAUGAAAAACCUGCCACACCCACUCCUAAUACACAUGAACCAUCCUCUUUUGCAUCCAACAAAAAAAACGCAUCAUCCACUUUAUCUAAACAAAACGGGGCCAAGUUUACGUCUGUAGUAGAUGAUUCUGAAACUGAUUCUGAUGUAGAAGCACGAGCAGAGAAUGCACGGCCAGCCAUGGUGCACAAAUUGCAUGCGACUGCAUUAAAUCAAGUUGAUUUGAUGCGGAUGGCGUUUGCAAAUGAUGAUGUACUAACUGAUUUUCAAGAAGAAAAGAAGCGGAUCACAAUGAAAGAUGAACCUGUUGCACCUGUUGAAGUUCCUGGAUGGGGAUCUUGGUCUGGACCUGGAUUGCUGAACUCGGGAAAUAGUAAAAAGAACAAGCACAAAAAAGGAGAUGAACAAAAAGGGUCAAAGAAGACAGAUACACCAACGGCUGCUACUUCUCUUAAAAGUGGUCCACGACGCGCGGACUCGGACCUAUCGCAUGUUAUAAUCAAUACAAAAGCGAUGUCAAAGGUUUCAAAAUAUGUGCUACCUGAGUUGCCACAUGGAUUCUAUACUAGUGAGCAGUAUGAGCGCAUGAUUCAAAUGCCUUUGGGACGAGAAUGGAACACCCAAUCCGUGCACGGUAAAUUGGUUAAACCUCGUGUUCAAACAAAGCUUGGUACUGUUAUUCAACCUCCCAAGCUGCUUGCUAAAAAAUCUACUACCAAAAAGAAUAAAUAA